AUGGCCGAAAAGGCGCAUUCCACCGCUAAUGAUGGCGGGAGCAACGAUGUGGCAGCCCCAACGAACGCAGACUCUCGUACCUUUGUACAAGCCGCUUCAACCCAAAGUUACACCGCUGAAGGCACCUAUUACCCCAAUGCGGCCCAUUACCCGGUCAAUACCACUACGUACCCCGUCAACACUAGUAAUCAUCCGGUCAACACCACUAAUCCACACGUCAACACCUCUAAUCAACCCGUCAACACCACUUAUAACCCCGUCAGGACCAUCUACCCCAACAGAGCCAACCACACUGUAGGAAGCAACGGCCCAAACGGACCUGGAAGUAUCAUUCCACUCAACAGCACCAACAUAGUCAACAACAAUCAGCCACCCGGAAACCUCUAUCCAACCAGAAACCCACCCGUCGCUUCGGUUCCCAAUGUGGCACAGCACUUUCUUCCUGGAGGUCAAGGCAUGAAUUCCCACCAUCACCUUGCCGGCACUCCCAACCUUGCGCCUAGCCACAACCCUGUCCCUAACUAUCCUCGUCCUCCGGCUCUCGAUGUGGCACCGCACUUUUCUAGAGGUCAAGGCAUGAAUUCCGACCAUCACCUUGCCGGCACUACCAGCCUUGCGCCUAGCCACAACCCUGUCCCCAACUAUCCUCAUCCUCCGGCUCUCGAUGUAGCACCACACUUUUCUGGAGAUCGAGGCCUGAAUUCCCACCAUCACCUGACCGGCAAUACCAACCUAAGCCACAACCCUGUCCCCAACCAUGCUCAUCUUCCGGCUCGCGAUGUGGCACCGAACAACUUUUCUGGUGGUCAAGCCAUGGCUUCCCCUUAUCAUCCCAGUACCCAACACCUAGCCGGCAAUCCCUAUCCCAACUUUGAACAAAACCCCAUACCCAACCCUCCCCAUCCCCCAGCUCCAUCAGCCCAGGCCACCACUCACGUCCCCGCUGUCGCGAGACCUCCUGUCAUAAGACCAGCUGUUCCAAGCGGACAAACCCGCGUCUGCAAAGGAUCGAGAAGGCAAGGCAUCCACUACCCUUGCGUCAAGAAUCCUCCCAACAGGGUCUGGAAGACGAAGGGCCACGCCAGGAAGUGCCGUGACUGCUUGGCAAACAAGCCGUCCGAGCGAGCAUGUAGGCUCAUCGACGCCUUGGAAGCGGCUGGAUUGGAGCCUUGCUCCAACUGCUACGUCAAGGCAGCAAGGGGCGACGGUGACGGUGGUUUGUGUCCUGACUGCCUGGCUGAUAAGCAGGCCAAUGCUAAGCUGAGGAAGGAAGGCAAAGGUAAGGGACGGAAGAAGGGUAACGGCGAUGAUGUACCGAGGGGUGGCCCUGGCGGUGGUCCGCCCAAGGGAGAUGGCGGCGGUGGUGGUGGGUCUGGUCCGGCUCCAGGUGCGGUUGGUGUCGUCCUUAGCGGCAUCGAUCAAAUGGCCUACUAG